AAACGUAUAGAUUGAAAGCUUUUUAACUCAUCAAAUCAUUUCCCAAAUGAAAAAACUUCCUUUAUGGAAAUUCACGGAGAGGAAGAAGAAGAUGAUGAAGAAUAAAAAAAAAAUGAUUAAAGUCCGUUCCUUUUCUUUCCUGUGAAUUCCACCGCAAACCCUCAAAAAGAAAAACAAAAACUCUUUUUUUUGUUCUCUCUCUCAUUUGGUCCAACUUGUGAGUCUCAAAGUCUGCAUUUUGUCUCGGGCAAAAUUUAAACGUCUUCUUCAAUCAUCAUCCCCACUUUGCAUUUCAAAGUGAAUGAUAUAAACAGUUUGGGCACUGAAAUGGAUACUACAACAUCAAGUGGUAGUAGCCCUGCUACGUUACAACUACAUAGCAUCAUUCCAGAGAAUCCCAUCACUGCAAUGGAAUUGCCAUUUCCUUCAUUUCUGCGUCUAAAACGUCACUGCCUUGGGAGUUCUGUUCCUGGAGAAUUCUUCUUGGCUUCUGUUCCUUCCAUUGUCCUUCAUGUUCUGACAACAUGUGAUUUGGGUCCUCGGGACCUUGCGAAACUCGAGGCAACAUGCUCCUUCUUCAGGAAGCCGGCAAACUUCUCCCCUGACUUUGACCUUUCUAUCUCAGAGCUUGCAGCUCUCGACAUUUGCCAAAAGAGGGUGAUCUUUAAAUGUAUGGGAGAUGAAGAACGCCAAGAAAUGAAAAGGAAAUGCGGAGGCUCGUGGAAGCUGGUUUUAAACUUCUUGUUAGCUGGUGAAUUUGGUUGCAGGCGGGAGAAGUCACAAGCACUUGCAGGUCCUGGUCAUAGCAUUGCCGUGACAUCAAAGUGUGUUGUCUACUCUUUCGGAUUUAAUGGUUCAGGACAACUUGGUCUGGGAACCACUCAAGACUCUUGGCAGCCUCGACCAAUCAGAUCACUUGACGGGAUCCGGAUCAUUCAAGCAGCUGUUGGCACUGAUAGAACAAUAUUAAUCAGUGAUGCUGGUGAAGUUUAUGCCUUUGGAAAAGAUUGUUUUAGCAAAUCUAAGUCAGAAGUCCAAGAAACUAAGCUGAUCACAACUCCUCAGCGGGUCAAGUCCUUGACGGACAUCUUUGUGGUACAAGCUGCGAUAGGAAACUACUUCACGGCGGUUUUGUCGAGAGAAGGCAGAGUCUAUACAUUAUCAUGGGGAAGCGAUGAAAGACUCGGUCACGAUACUGACCAUAGCUGUUCGUUGCCUCAACCUCUGUUGGGUGCCUUGGAGAACAUCCCUGUCGUGCAAAUUGCUGCUGGCUUUUGCUAUCUCCUUGCUUUGGCAUUUCAAACCACCGGCAUGUCGGUGUACUCAGUUGGAUGCGGUUUGGGUGGCAAGCUUGGGCAUGGUUGUGACGACUGUGAAACACAGCCUCGUCUGAUUGAGCAGUUUGGUUUUUUAAACAUUGAACCGGUUAUGGUCUCAGCAGGUGCAUGGCAUGCUGCUGUAGUUGGGAGAGAUGGGCGAGUCUGCACGUGGGGUUGGGGACGGCAUGGCUGCUUAGGUCAUGGAACCGAAGAGUUACAAAUGGCUCCUAAGGUGGUAGAUGGAUUGAAAGAUGUUAAAGCUGUGCACGUAGCCACUGGAACAUACGCAACCUUUGUUGCAUCUGAUGAUGGUCAAGUUUACUCAUUUGGGAGUGGAGUAGCAGCCAAUCUUGGGCAGCAGGACGAUGUGGAUGAGGAUACUCUGACACCGAAGCUGGUUUCGUCGUUGAAGGGGACAAAAGAGCGUGUGGUUCAUGUGAGUUUGACAAACGCGGGGAAUUGGAAUGGUCAUACAAUGGUAAUGACCGAGUCCGGGACACUCUAUGCGUUCGGGACUGGUGAUAGAGGGCAGCUUGGGGUGGAGCUCGGUGAUAAUUUAAAGGAAAGAGAGGAACCAGCCAAAGUUGCUGGUAUUGAUCUUUCUUAGAGAUGUGGGAGAAAGAAACAAAAAAAAGCAUCUUCUUAAUUUAGGUUUUUUCAUAUUGAUCUUGACUAAUGUUUAAAGAAGUGGUUGUACAUAGCAACAGUUAAGAUGGUUAUGGUUUCUUUUGUUAGAUUGAAUCGUACAAGGAACAACAGUUUAAUGUUUCUUUUUGAAUUUUCUGCUUCACAA